GAUCACGAGAUCGAGAAUCGCAGAAUCUCUCAAGCUCUGAGAUCUCAUUCUUCUCUCCCAGACUCGACGCGGUUCUUCGUCUCCGUCGAUUAAUCGGUUCGUUCGUUCCCUUAAAACAUUUUUCCGAUCCAAUGCAUCUCUUGAUCCCUCGAGAGUAUGAAUCAGGAAGCAGCUGAAACAGCGAGAGAGUCGCUGGAGCUAGUGUUUCGGAUGUCCAACAUCUUGGAGACGGGGCUUGAUCGACAUACUUUGUCUGUUCUUAUAGCUCUUUGUGAUAUUGGUCUUAACCCUGAGGCUCUCGCUACUCUCGUCAAGGAGCUUCGCAGAGAUUCUGCUACAACAACAACAGCUACGGUAGAUUAAUAAUAAGAAGAUAAGCAAUUGUCAUAUAUGCUUGUUUUUAGCAGAUGAAGGAUCAGUUUUUUUUCCUCUUUAAACUUCAAUUUCGUUCUGCCAUUGAUGUGUAAAUUAGGAUUGGUAAUGGUAAAUGAAUAGAGAGUUUCAGAGACAAAUGGUAUGUAUGAUCAUCUUUUGCAUUCUAUUGUUGCCACUUCACUCUUUAUUCUUGCUACCGUUUGAUCAAAUCGUUAUAAGAUCA